UGAUUUCCGUGGGACUGGGGAGCGGAUGAGGGUGUUGUGCCUUUCAGGAACUGAGGGGAAACAGCCGCAAACAGCGGAACUUUUACAACAACAACAACAAAAUGGACAACUAGUCGUGCCGCCGCCGCUUUUCUCGGUCGGGAUACCGUUAAACUCUCGGCUCUCCGCGUUUCUCACUUCGGCUCGGUUCGUUUUCUUCUUCUGCUUUCUCGCCUGGAGUCGAGGAGGAGGUUUUUGUCGGUGAGUUGUUGGACCCGGUUCGAAGGGCUGUGGCCAUGGCCGGGGGAGGUGGCGGAGGAGUUUCUCCGCUGGGGCCCACGCCGCCGAUGUGGUAUCACCGGGACCUCAGUCGAGCGGCGGCCGAGGAGCUGCUCGCCCGGGCGGGCAGAGACGGCAGCUUUCUUGUGCGGGACAGCGAGAGUGUCAGCGGAGCGUACGCUUUGUGUGUGCUGUUUCAGAAGCACGUCCACACGUACAGGAUCCUCCCAGACGAUGAGGGAUUCCUGGCGGUGCAGACGUCUCAGGGCGUGCAGCCGAAGCGCUUCAAGACGUUACCAGAGUUGGUGUUGUUGUACCUGCAACCCAGUCAGGGCCUGGUCACCACUCUGCUUUACGCUGUGGACAGAGAGGAGACGGCCAUCACGGAUGACCGGGACUAUUCAGAUGGAGAGGACGAGAAGCCGCCCCUCCCCCCUCGCUCUGCCUCCACCUCCACUCCUCCUGGACCAGAAACGCCCACAGAAAGUGCCCCGGCAGCUAACGGCCUGAGCACCAUCUCACACGAGUACCUGAAGGGCAGCUACGCUUUGGACCUGGAAGCUGUCAAACAGGGGGCCUCCUCACUGCCUCAUCUCAACAAAACACUAGUGGCUUCCUGCAAACGCCUCAACGGGGAGGUGGAUAAGGUUCUGUCUGGUCUGGAGAUCCUGUCCAAAGUGUUUGAUCAGCAGAGCGCUUUCAUGGUCUCUAAGAUGAUCCAACAGUCUGUGAAUCAGGGUGGCGACCAGGAGCUGGAGAACUUAGUGACCAAACUGGCCAUCCUCAAAGACCUGCUGUCCUCCAUAGAGAAGAAGGCUCUGAAAGCUCUACAGGACAUGAGUUUGUCCUCUCCGUUGUCCCUUCCUCUUUUCUCCACACGUCACAGUAAAGCCAUUCCUGUGCAGGCCUUUGAGGUGAAGCUUGAUGUUUACCUGGCAGAGCUGACAAAGAUUGGAAAGAGUCAGAAGUACACUUUAUCUGUGGACGUGGAGGCAGGGAGGCUGGUAGUGCUGAAGAAAGUGAAGGACAAUCAGGAGGACUGGAACACCUUCACUCACGACAAAAUCCGUCAGCUGAUCAAGUCUCAGCGGGUUCAGAAUAAACUGGGCAUUGUGUUUGAGAAGGAGAAGGAUAAGAGUCAGAGGAAAGACUUCAUCUUUGCUAGUGCCAAGAAGAGGGAGGCAUUUUGUCAGCUGCUGCAGUUGAUGAAGAACAAACAUUCCAACCAGGAUGAACCAGACAUGAUUUCCAUCUUCAUAGGCACCUGGAAUAUGGGUUCGGUUCCAUCGCCAAAAUCUGUGGCAUCGUGGGUUUUGUGUCGCGGCCUGGGGAAGACUCUGGACGAGAUGACCGUCACCAUCCCUCAUGACCUCUAUGUGUUUGGAACCCAGGAGAACUCUGUGUGUGACAGAGAAUGGGUGGAGUCACUCCGUGUCGUACUGAAGGAACAGACUGAACUGGAUUAUAAACCGAUUGCGGUGCAGACUUUGUGGAACAUUAAACUUGCUGUGUUGGUGAAACCAGAACACGAGAACAGGAUCAGCCACGUGGGGAUGUCCAGCGUCAAGACAGGGAUCGCCAACACAUUGGGAAACAAAGGAGCAGUGGGCGUGUCGUUCAUGUUCAACGGGACAUCAUUCGGCUUUGUGAACUGUCAUCUGACAUCAGGGAACGAGAAGAUCGCCAGGAGGAACCAGAACUACCUUGAUAUUUUACGGCUGCUAUCACUGGGAGACAAACAGCUGAGCUCCUUCGACAUCUCUCUGCGCUUCACACACCUGUUCUGGCUCGGAGACCUCAACUACAGGCUGGACAUGGACAUUCAGGAAAUCUUAAACUACAUUAACAGGAAGGAAUUUGAGCCGCUGCUAAAAGUGGACCAGCUCAACCUGGAGAGGGAGAAGAAUAAAGUCUUUUUACGUUUUGGGGAGGAAGAGAUCUCCUUCCCUCCGACGUACCGUUACGAGCGAGGCUCCAGGGACACGUACGUCUGGCAGAAGCAGAAAGCCACGGGGAUGAGGACUAAUGUUCCUUCCUGGUGUGACCGGAUCCUGUGGAAGUCGUACCCAGAAACUCACACUGUGUGCAACUCUUACGGCUGCACUGAUGACAUUGUGACCAGCGACCAUUCGCCUGUAUUCGCUACGUUUGAGGUUGGAGUGACAUCUCAGUUCGUCUCUAAAAAAGGUUUGCCGAAGUCUUCGGAGCAGGCCUACAUUGAGUUUGAGAGCAUCGAGGCCAUCGUGAAGACGGCGAGCAGGACCAAGUUCUUCAUUGAGUUCUACUCCACCUGUCUGGAAGAGUUUAAGAAGAGCUACGAGAACGACAGCCAGAACAGCGACAACGUUAACUUCCUGCGCGUGGGCUGGUCCAACAAGCAGCUGACGACACUCAAACCGCUGCUCUCUGAGAUCGAGUACCUUCAGGACCAACAUCUGCUGCUCACCGUCAAAUCAGUGGACGGAUACGAGUCCUACGGAGAGUGUGUGCUGGCCCUAAAGUCCAUGAUCGGCAGCACAGCACAGCAGUUCCACACCUACCUGUCCCACCGAGGCGAGGAAACGGGAAACAUCCGGGGAUCCAUGAGGGUCCGAGUUCCUGCUGAGAGGAUGGGAACCAGAGAGAGACUGUAUGAGUGGAUCAGUGUGGACAAUGAUGAGACAUGCGGACCUAAAGGGAAAUCCACCAUGGUGUCCAGAGCAGGGCAUGAGUACGUCAAACAUUCUGUGGUGCGCAAACCGCUCGGAGAGCUAGGGAAGGUCAGCGAGGAGGGAGAGCGAAGCACCAAAGAGGAAACAGCUGCGAGACCCAAACAGGACUCAUCGGACCCCGACUCAUCUAUCGGCAAGAACAGCUACAACAACCCCGCCUACUACAUCCUGGAGGGCGUUCCCAACCAAUCAGCUGCAGCUCUGUCUCCCGAGCUCCUCCCAUCUCCCACCUCCGUAAACCCCCCAGCCCCUAAAGCCCUCCCUCCCUCAGCAGGGGCUCGAACCAAACCCACCUCGGCGCUUUCAGGGCCUCCUCAUUCCUCCAGACCUGCAGCAGGACAGGAGAGCCCCUCGGAGGAGGACGGAGGUGCCGGUGUGGUGGGGGCACAGGGUGGAGGCGUGGCAGGGACGGUCGGAAGCAUGCUGAAUCGCCCCCCUCCCGACUUCCCCCCGCCCCCGCUCCCUAAAGGAGCCCUGGAAAUGGCUGCGGAGGCCCCUUUCAACAAACCUCGAUCCCUUUACCCAGAUCUGGCUGAGGUCAGGAUCCCACCGGCCGGCCCCGGGGGCCCCGUCACCCACGCAGAGGGUUUUAGGCGAGGAGGGGUGGGAGCGGGGGCACUGGACGACCAGUCCUGCUCCGUCCUGCAGAUGGCAAAGACUCUGAGUGAGACGGAGUUUCCAGGUCAGCCUCCACGCGCCCCCUCUGCGCCCCCACCUCACCGAGGGCCUCCCAUGGGUUUAGGUCUGGAAGCCUGCCGUACCUUCCCUCCCAGGAACCCCAUCCCAGAGAGCAUCGCUGAGGACAUGCCAGAGGAGGCUCUUUGGGGCAGCAGUAGCUCGUCGCUCUCUGUGGGGGAAUCAUCUGUUGGGGAGUGGCUGCAGAGACUGGGCCUGGAGCGAUAUGAGCAAGGUCUACUACACAACGGCUGGGACGAUCUGGAGUUCCUCAGUGACAUCACCGAGGAGGACCUGGAAGAGUCUGGAGUUCUGGAUCCCACCCAUAAGAAAAUCCUGCUGGAGAGCCUCAGGCAGCAGCAGCAGAAAUAGACUUGCACGUGUAACUGGUCCAAACCGGCCUGGAACCACGUCAGGUUUCCUGAGAGGCCAAAAUUUCAGCUGAACUGAAGCGAGCUGCCACACGGUGCCUUCUGAGAGAAAUUGCACUCCCUUUAACGUUUUCAAAAACCCUUUCUGAACCGGCACCGCGUUUCAUCCGUACCACCUGAGCGUUGUCAUCGUUCUAGAUGUUGUCGUAUUUAAUGAAAACCAUUUCAGUCCUUCGAGCAUCACUACAGAACCACAAAGGCUCGGAGAAGUGUUGUUUUAAGACAGAUUUCAAAAUGCUGUGUCAUGUUUGCUGUACCGCCAGAUAGCUGCACAUUUAGUUUUCUGAGAGCUGAGGAAGGACUGAGUUUAGUCCACAACCUGAAUCCUUUGAUGAGUCUCAGGUGUUUGGUCAUUGUGGGCGAACAGCGGGGGAUCAUUAGCAAGCACUCGAGAGGAAAAUGUUGCACAGAUGAUCUCAUUAAGUUCUGUUACGAGGGCGAACAGGAUGCAGCGACAGGAAAGAAGCUGAUUCAAGUGAGCUCAGCUUUUACAAAUUGUGGACCUCCGUCAUGACGUUUGGGCCACUUCCUGUUGGGAAGGUGUCCUGUGGAGAGCAUCUAUUUAUAUGUGUGUUAGAAUAUUUUGUGUCAAAAGGGAAUACUCAUCAAACCAAAUUAAUAUUUUUAGACCUAAAACUGUUUGUCACUUUGGUGCAAUGUUCUCUCUUCAGAUACUUUAACACUUUUCUGACAUAUUUUGCAAUAUUUUUAUAUAUUGUUAGACUGUUUUUAUCCCCAAACGUGUACACAUUUAUUAUAUGCUUGCAAAAAACAUUGGAAAUACACAUAAUGCUGCGUCAAGUUUAGCGAUGACUGAAUAAUACAUUUCACAUGUUUAUAGUUUGUCUAAUGAGACACUAAAUUUCACUUUACUGAAGGUGUUUUUAUUUAACGUCACAUAACCUUUUUUUUUUUAAAUGCUCUGAUUGAUGCAAUGUUCAGGGAAUUAAAAAUAUCUAGUCGUAACAAGUCACCUUAUUGUCAUUUAUAACCAAAAUGUGUUUCCUCUACUAUCACACAAAUCAUUGUAACUACCUUGACAUUUAUUUUGUUGUUUUAAAAUCGUGUUUUGUAUUUAUGUGAGUGGAUUUCAAUUGUAGCAUAAAAUGUGAUUUAAGCAAAUGUCACCAGUAGGUGGUGCUGCUGCUCCAGGGGGGAAAUAAAAAAGAAAAAGCACCCUCAGUGGAGACUGACUGGAGUUUUAACUCCUUAAUACAGAUUUUUAAAAUAAAGCCUUUAAGACCACACUAAAUUAUAACAUGAACAGUUUAGUUUAAAAAUGUAUUGUUCUUAUCUAAAAUCGACAUUUCUGCUCUGUUUUCUGCAUGACUCUUUGUCUGAUUGUCCUCUCGCAGAAAAACAUGAUGGAUUUGUGUUGUAUUUUAUAGAAACAACCAAAUAUUGUCAUUCAGAUGUGUUGAAGUUUAGUCUUUUUUAAAAGCCUCUUAGGUCUUUCAGUGUUCUCAUUGAUGUGUGUGUUUGUUGGGGAAAGAGAGUCUUACCGUUAUUUUCCCCUCACAGUUUUUUCAUUCUGCUUUGGUCGUGUUAAGUUAAAGGAAAUUGUUCAUCUUUGUUUGUUUGUUUUAUUUUCAAUUCAACUAAUGUGUAUUUUAUACAUUUCCUCUGCUGUUUUUAAGGCGAUAAAGCAAGACUGUGCUGUGAAAUCACAA